CAGCGAUCGAGAGGCGGGGAUGUUUACUUCAGGUAAUGUCACGGAUUUACGAAUGUCAGUAUAUUGAAUUAGAUUCAUUUCUGCAACGAAAUGACAUUGCCGUAUGACUUCUUUAGACAUAGUGUCCCACCUUCUAUAUUCACUAGCAUUGGAAUUGACACCUCCAGGGAUUAACGGUAGCGCCUAGUGGGCAGGGCAGAUAAGAGUUUAAUCGGAUUAAAUCUGGACUUCUCCACCUUGUUGCCUCCGGGCUGGUAAUAUAUACCACUACCUGUUGAGGAAUUGUCAUUACCUGUCAUCGCACAACACGAGCAACAUCUCACGAAAAUAAUAUAUUAAGACACAUUAGGAUUAAAUUUGAACAAUGUUUUUGGAGAUUAUAAUUGCAACUUGCGUCCUGUUUGGAGAUUUAGUCUCAGGAAGUUUAUUGAAUCUAGCAAGAUGCAGAGCUGCCUGUCUGGAUAAGUUUGUACCAUCCCCUGCUUUGCCAGUGCAGUGCCUUGAUACUCCAAGCUGCUAUAUGUGUUUUGAGACAUGCAGUUAUUUGAGCGAAGACUAUGACAACUGGAUUCAAAUGUGUUCCCACAAUGGCAUCUGUGAUAAAAAGAAAAAAAUAUUGCAACCUGGAUGUCAGCAGUCUUGCAAGUUCAUUCAGGAAAAUCAACCAGCUAGGACAGCAAGCCCCUUGUGGAAAGAUGAUAUGGCAAAUCCUCCCAAAAUCUCACUGGAUGAGGACUGGAUGAAAGUGUCUUGGAAGAAACCACUCGUUCCUACUGGCCAAUCCGAUAACCAACUUAUCUACAUCGUCCAGUGGAGAAAAGUGAAUGGAAAUCAAAGAAGAUGGAGAGUGAAAGAACAGACUUUGACAACCCAAGCUUUGUUUGACGUAGAUGAACUACCCAACCAACCAAUGGAGUUCAGAAUCACUGGUAUAAGCCAAUCAGGAAUUGUAUCAAAGAUGGUUCUUCGACCUGAAUCCUCCACUCCAGUCCCAGCCCAAACUGAGCACAAACUGAAUAUCAGUAUCGUCUUAGAAACAACCAAUGAGAAUACUCGUGCAAUUCUUACCUGGCAACAAGACCCAAGAGCUAAAGGAGCUAUGUAUCAAGUGGAUGCUUUCCUUAAUGACUGCAAUGAGUAUGGUAAUACCCCACAUUGUGGUAUACCCCCAGAGCAUUUCUUCUCCCAAGAGACACCAGCUGGCUACAAAAAGAAAACAAUUGUUGUACUGCCCGAUCUGACCUUUAAUUCCCGCUACAUGGUUAGUGUCAGCAUGAUCGGAUCCACUACAGUGGCCAGUGAGAAUAUUGAGUUUGUCACCCCUAGAUGUGACACACCUGAUGAAUCAUUUACUCGCUGUUAUGAGGAGCAGUCUUCAGAAUCUAAGGACAAGACAUGGGUGAUUGAGGUUGAAUCCCUGGUAUCCAGCAGUGAAGAGAGUGACAACAUUGAUGCCAGACUUACCUGGGAAUCGCCUGACCCCCAAGUUACCCAGUUCAAUAUCCGAUCACAUGGAGAAUCUCUGGAAGAAAAUGAAAAAUUAGCUAUCCAUGUUACCCAGACAACAGAUAACUUUGUUCAACUUAAACUUCAUAAAAAUCAGCGAUACACCGUUGAUGUUGUUGCAGUUGUAAAUACAUCAAAUGAACAAUAUGAAAUCAAUAGUAUGACUCUGCAGUUCAACACAACAAACAACUUCAUCUCCAUUGGCAACCCACAUGGAAACCAUAGCAACCUAGUUCAAGGCAUUAUCCCUAGCCUCGUUAAAACAGAGAAUAUAAAGAUAAUACUGAUUUGUGCUGUAACAACUGGAUCUCUUCUCCUUAUCAUCAUCGCCAUAGUGAUAUACCGUCGCUGUUAUGGCAACAAGCACACUAUUGUUGACAAACAUGGUGUUGUGAAAAUGAACAGCUAUAGAUCAAACUGCGGCCAUGUUGUGUCCAAACACUACUCCAAUGCCCUCGUCCUGGUAUCAGAUGAGUGGGAACUAGACCCCAAAGAAAUUAAAUUAGGUUCCCAACUUGGCCAAGGGGCCUUCGGACGUGUCAUGACAGGAUACCACAAUGAGAAGAAAGUCGCAAUUAAAAUGCUCAAAGAAAAUUGUCCAUAUUCUUACAAAGAUGAUUUAAUGUCAGAGAUUGAAAUGUUGAAGAAGUUGGGAAGUCACCCAAAUAUCGUGCAGUUCAUUGGUGCAUGCACCAUCUAUGACCCAAUCAUCGCCAUGGUGAUCGAAUAUGUACCCCAUGGUAACCUCCAACAAUUCCUCAAGAAAUGCAGAAUGGAAGGUCAGCUGACUCGUUACGAAGAUGGGUACCAUGAACUUGACUAUUCUUUCAUCAAUGAACAUGGCAAAAUGGAAAGCUGGACAAUUACUCCAACUGAUCUUCUCUCAUUUGCACGUCAAAUUUCAAUGGGGAUGGAAUUCAUCGCAGAAAAACAAUAUGUUCAUCGUGACCUAGCUGCCAGGAAUGUACUUGUUGGACAAAACAAGGUUGUGAAAUUAUGCGAUUUUGGUCUCUCCCGUGAAGUGACCCAGAACAAUCAAUACCAAAAGCUUACAAGUGGAAAACUUCCAUUGAAAUGGAUGGCAUUGGAGUCCUUAAGAGACAGAGUGUUUACAUCACAGAGUGAUGUCUGGUCUUAUGGUGUCCUCUUGUGGGAGCUAGUUACUAUGGGUUGUUCCCCCUAUCCAAACACAGCGCUGGCAGACCUUUACACUGUACUCUCACAGGGCUACAGAAUGCAGCAGCCCAGUAACUGCUCCACUGAACUUUAUGAGAUGAUGGUGCGUUGCUGGGACAAUCGUCCAAUGAAUAGACCAACAUUUCAACAGAUACGAAUUGAGCUUGAAAUCAUGCUGACCAAGGACAGAGAUUAUUUAGAGUUGGAUAACAUUGAUAUCCCCCUUGCCCAGAGCACUAGUAGUAGUAUUAGUGAACUUGAUGAAACCUUAAGUGACCUUGAAAAUGACAAUGUGCCUGAGUUCAGUGAGUUGCCACCGAAAAAGCAGUCGUUGAAACAGAAAAAAUCAUCAGUUGGAUCGCAUCAUUCUGUCUCAACAGAUCAAUUAUUGAACAGCAGCAGUGAGAUAGAGACAUCUAUAGAUAUGGAAAUUGACUAUGCAACAAUGAAAGAAAAAUUACACCAAAUGAGCUCAACACAGAUUUGAACAUUCAAGAAAGUGCUACUUUAUCAUUUGAUGAAUAUAAACAUGAUAUAAACAUUGAUUUAUAUAAAUUAAUUAUGACAUUCAAAAGUGCAAAUUCAGCCAGUGAAUAGCUGGCAUAUCAAACUACUGUAAUGAUAACUCCACUUUAUAAAGAUAGCUCAACUCUAAUUUACUAAUUUAUAAAAAGCAUAUACAUCAAAAAUAUGUAAAAAGACUGUAAAUAUUAUAUAAUGAGAAAAUUAUUUGUUUACAUAUUGUUGUUAGAAAUAUAUUGAUUUUAUCAUAUUGUUUUUUGGUCUCAUCCACCAAAUGUCAGCGAUAUCGAUUUUUAUGUGCAAUCUAUCUAUUGUCAAACUAUUGUAAAACAUUAACACUCCUACAGAGAUUUUGUUUUGCGAUUAAACUGAGCAAUUAUAUAUUUAACUAUAAUGUUGAAAGCAAAACUUAUGAAUUGCAAAAAUAUUAAUAUGUAAACUAGUAGUGAUGUGAAUAAUUAAACAAAACGUUACAGAGAUGCCAAAACGACAAUCACAUACAUGUUCAUGCCAUGUAAAUGUAUUUAUAUUGUA